UGGUGUACGUUUCGUUUUUACACAUUCAGGCGCGCGUCAACAGCGGUUCGACUCGCUUCGUUCAUUCGUCAGUUAAUUAACCAAUGCAUAUGAAAAUUCAGUGCGGCUUCGCAUUUUCUACGCGUUUAUUUGUGUGAAACUUAAUUAAAAGUUGAUAAAAGUAUUUUAGCUGUACUUUUUCAAGAAAAUGUUGCAUGUGAAAUGCGAAAUCGAAUUUAUGUUUUAAGAAAAACAUAUGAAAAAUGAUAUUUGAAGCGCCUGCUUAUAGUGUUGAAGGCUUAGCAGACCAAUAUUUAGAAUUCGGUGUCCCAACAAUGAAAGUGGAAAACUUAAUUUCAGUGGCAGAUUGGAAUGUUUGAUGGAAUUUUAAAACAAAUAAUCAAAAAAUUAGCAACAUUACAACAAAUACUUAACAUGAAUAAUGUGCAUUUUCUAUGCUGAUUCAUCAAUAAAUUCGUUUAGAACUGCAGUAAACAGCUGACAAAAUAGUCGUUUUAGUGAAAAAAUCAAACCGUUUGAAAACUAUCUUUACAACUGUGGCAUUGAGCAGUGUUCAAAAACCACUCAAAGCGCAAAAAAAAGUGCUUUUGUUUUUAAAAAUACACACAAAAUAAUAAUAACAAUUGUCAACAAGUCUAGACGUAUUCAUAUACUUCGUAGCAUGAAAUUGAAAAAAAAAGUUGAAAAUAUUUUUAUAAAAAAAUAAUGAAAAUAUUUUAAUUAAAAAAAAUAAAAGUAAGUUUGUGAAAAAAUUUAAAAACCGCUAAAAGUUAGUGUCGUUACAACUACAAAAACAACAAUAUAAAAUUAUUUUUAAAUGUUUAACUAAAAGUGUUAGUCAAAUAGGGCGUCUACACUAAAAAAAAUAAAAUUUUAAUAACAAAAGUGUAUACAAAAUUGAGUGUUUACUAAAGGUGCAGUGAGAAUAAAUUUGCUAACAGUUAUCAGCAAAACGCUUAGCGCUUUCAUUGCUUUUGCAACGCCCAACAACUAAAUACAAGUUACAAAUAUUGUGUCAAGUGAAAAUUUUUAUAAAGGAUAUUUUGCACGAUGGAGUACGCGGCACACACAUAAAAAUCGAUAUGCUUUCUGCCUACGGAUAGCCUAGCAUUAAGUGUCAUACUUCCUCCGUUCAUACCAUUAUGCGGCGGUGAAGUAAAAUUGAUUUUAACAAGCAUUCAAAAAUAAUAAAUCGAUACGAAAUUCGUGCGCAUCAAUCACAUAACAGACGUUAAGUCACGCAAACGCUUUCGCAGCGACAUCGACAGUGACAAUAACAAUAACAACUGUCCUUCCAUUUCUACGCUACGACGCUAGACUACCACCGACACAUCACAUCAGUCAUGGCGUACGCAUUUACUGCAACCGCAACAACUACCACUACCAGUCGAGCAGCACACUCACCUGUGGCGCCUGGCACGACGCGUAUGGCGUCACUCAAACCGCUGCGUAGCUUACAGCAAUUGCUGCUGCCAUUCAAAAUCAUCGCCAUCAUCAGCAUUGUGUCGUCAGCGUCGCCGCUGUCGUUGAUCAGCAUGACGCAGGCUAAACACCUGUCAGCGGAUGUUGGUGUUAGUAGCGCUGUAGCGGCGCUUGACGACGCCGCUUAUGCCGCUUCUGUGCCGUCGGUCGCCUCCUCCUCAUCCUAUUAUGGCGCUUAUCAGUUUCAACGUUUCGCAAUGGAACCGCAAGAUCAAACGGCUGUGGUGGGUGCACGUGUAACGCUACCGUGUCGCGUCAUCAACAAACAGGGUGUGCUGCAGUGGACCAAAGAUGAUUUCGGUUUGGGUACGUCACGUGAUUUGGGCGGUUUUGAACGUUACUCAAUGAUUGGUAGCGAUGAGGAGGGCGAUUACUCAUUGGAUAUUUAUCCGGUGAUGCUGGACGACGAUGCACGCUAUCAGUGCCAAGUGAGUCCGGGACCAGAGGGUCAGCCGGCUAUACGGUCGACUUUUGCCACGAUAACAGUGUUGGUGCCACCCGAAGCGCCAAAGAUUACGCAAGGUGAAGUGAUUUACACGACCGAGGAUCGUAAGGUGGACAUUGAGUGCGUGUCGGUGGGUGGCAAACCGGCUUCAGAGAUAACGUGGAUUGAUGGACUCGGCAACGUUAUAACGAGCGACAUUGACUACACCACGCUGCAAAUGCCGGAUGAGCGCCGCUUCACCGCCCAAUCGACGUUGCGGUUGACACCGAAAAAGGAGCAUCACAAUACGACAUUCACUUGUCAGGCGCAAAAUACGGCGGAUCGCACAUAUCGCUCGGCGCGUAUACGUGUGGAGGUAAAAUACGCACCGAAAGUUAAAGUGAACAUAAUUGGCGGCGCGUUGGAGGAUGGACGUAUACCGGAGUUUGCACAGGUGCGAUUAGAGUGCAAAGCGGAUGCCAAUCCCAGUGAUCUGCGCUAUCGCUGGUUCAUCAACGAUGAACCAAUUGUUGGUGGACAAAAAACCGAGAUGGUUAUUCGAAAUGUCACGAGAAAAUUUCAUGAUGCCAUUGUCAAGUGCGAAGUGCAAAACUCAGUGGGCAAGAGUGAAGAUAGCGAGACGCUGGAUAUCAGUUAUGCACCCAGCUUUCGUCAGCGUCCGCAAUCGAUCGAAGCCGACAUUGGCACUUUGGUGUCUUUGGGCUGUGAAGUGGACGGCAAUCCGACGCCAGAUAUUGUAUGGAUACAGCAUCCAAGCGAUAGGGUCGUUGGCAUCAAUUCCAAUCUCACCUUUACCGUUAGCAAUGAAACAGCUGGCCGCUACUAUUGCAAAGCCAAUGUGCCUGGCUACAAAGAAAUCAGCACCGAUGCGUAUGUUUACCUGAAGGGUUCGCCCACCAUUUACUCGCCGCCAUAUCAAUUCGGUUGGGUGGGUGAUACGGCGCGCCUUGAAUGUUCCGCAACAUCGGUGCCACGUGCGCGUCACGUCUCGUGGACAUUUAAUGGACAUGAAAUCAGCGCUGAAUACGGACACGACUACUCGAUACUGGUGGAUCCGGUGCCGGGUGGCGUUAAAUCGACUCUGAUCAUUCGUGACAGUCAGGCGUAUCAUUAUGGCAAAUACAAUUGCACAGUGGUGAACGAUUAUGGCAACGAUGUGUUGGAAAUCAAUUUGCAAGCACAAAAAACCAUCUCGCCCAUGAUGAUCAUCAUUGGUGGCACCUCCGUGGUCGGCUGUGCUAUGGUGCUCAUCAUUAUCAUUAUAAUCUAUUUCAAGUGUAAGAAGCGCACCAAACUACCACCGGCCGAUGUGAUAAGCGAACAUCAGAUAAGUAAGAAUGGCGGUGUAGCUUGUAAAAUGGAAGCCGGCGAUCGCACCUCCAAUUACAGUGAUCUGAAAGUGGACAUAUCCGGCGGCUAUGUACCCUAUGGCGACUAUUCAACACACUAUAGCCCGCCACCACAAUAUCUCACCACUUGCUCCACCAAAUCGAAUGGCAGUUCGACAAUAUUACAAAAUAAUCAUCAUAAUCAUUUGCAACAACAACAUAUGCAACAAACACUACAACAUCAUCAACAAACACCACCACCACAAACUGUGCCAAUGACCUUCCUCUCGAACGGCAGUGCGAGCGGCAGCCUGACGAGUAGUAUUGUCGGUUCGCGCGAAAUACGCCAAGACAACGGUCUACCGAGUUUGCAAUCCACCACAGCGUCUGUGGUGAGCUCCUCGCCGAAUGGCAGCUGUAGUAAUCAGAGCACCGCGACGCAUGUCAUCUCCAGUUCGGUGGCGAUGAGUGUGGAUCCACGUUAUAGCGCCAUUUACGGUAAUCCUUAUUUGAGAUCGUCAAAUUCAUCGCUGCUGCCACCACCAACAGCGGUUUAGAGCGUCUAUCUGAGCGCCUUAGAGAGUCAAUAUAAGUUGUGUGUAGGUACAUACAUACAUAUGUAUGUAUAUGAAGUGAACAUAAUAUUUCAUAUGGUAAAUAGUCCCGUUAGAAAUGAAAGACUGAUCUCAAAAUCAUUAAAAACCGUUAGAAUGGCUAGCAAUGUGGACAUAGGGUAAGUAAGUGUUAUGUUUCUAUAUAAUCUAAGCUGUUGUCAUAAUUUAGUUUGUUUUGGAAAUUUUUUAUAAAUUAUUACGCUUCAAAGUCAAAUAUUGCAGAGUUCUCGAAUAAUAUUUUAUUUCAUAUUUAUUUACUCAAAGCUUUUCAGGCAAUGCCAAUGUUGCUUCUUAAACUUCUGCUUUUGAAUUUCAUUUGAUGUACUGGCAAAUUUCGCACACAAUUUCACAAAUAAAAGUGUCUUAUGUCUUUUUAGAAAUAAACUCCACACUCACAUAACUCCAUCCAGAUUAAAAUAUCAGCAACUGAAUUGCUAUGCUGACAUUAGCAGUGGUUGCUAAGCUUGCAAUUUCAUUGUGUGUGGCAUAAAUUAUGAAUGUGCGAUGGAGAGCGUAUUUAUAUAGUUUACUGAGUAAAUGAAAAAUGUGCGAAAAAGUGUGCGAAACGGUAUGUGUUUUCAAGUUUAAGGUGAAGGUUGCGAAAAUUACCGUAAGUAGCUCAGAAAGGCCAGAUGUGUAAUAUUUUGUGGCAAGGAAAGGUCUUAGGUGGGCUUUUACUCCAACAAAGCGAAAACUUUUCCGCUUACGAAAGCAGUUAGAAAAGUACCGUGAAAGUAAUAACGCAAGUUUUGCAAUGUUAGCAACUGUAAUGAGCAUAGGCUAUGCUCUUAAUUUUUUCCCUGAGACUUUAAGCAAAAAUGUUUGGGGAAAAUAUAAUAUAAUGUAUAUUAUUAUUAGGGGACAUGUUAGUAAGCAUGAGAUAAAGUUGAGACCAAAGCUGAAAUGUUUUCUUAGAUGCAAGAGUAUUCAAUAUUGCAUAAUAUCUGCCAAGUCUUAAUAUAACUUAAGGGAUCGUCUCAGUGUGACCCUCCGAAAGAUAACUGAUUUUCGCAAUUUUUUUUUUGAUGUUGUGAUAAACUAAUCGGUCCGGUUUUUUUUCUAGAAAUAAAUACAUUCAUGCCAAAUACAAAUGAUUAUUACUUAUUUGGUGUUUAAUAGUUAAAUAAAUUGUUGAAAUCACACUUAAAAAACAGGUCCUGCACGAUGUCCACGAUUUCGGCUGCAAUUUUGAUUUAAAACAAAAAUUUCAAAAAUCGCCCUAUGAAGACUUUUUUUUUUAAUUUUACAAAAUGGCGGCGGUUCGAACAAAAAGCAUCGAAUUUGUCCUUUUUCGACAGUUUUUCAUAGAAAAAAAUAAGAAGAUUUAAAAAAUUUAUUCUCUCCAAAUUUGAACUAAAUUUGAGAGUGGAAAUCGUGUUGAAAAACACCAUUCUGAGAAAAACGCUUUUAAAUAUUAGCAUAUUUUCUAAAAACUCUUUAUAUAAAUUUAUGGCGAUAUUGUAGUUGAGAAGCUUGAAUUUCGAAUAAUUUUACAAUUUUUUUUUUAUAUUUUUAUUAAAUUAUGCAUUCUUUAAGUAAAGUCCGCGACAUACUACAUAGAGCUAACAGGUCAAUUGAAAAGUCCCCAGUCUACUACAUAUUUUUUUGGCAAAAUUCGUUUUUUUUUUCUUUUCAACAUAAUUUUCUCUUCUUCUUCAGUACGAUUUAUUCUUUGCUUCAAAAUAUGCCCUCAAUUUCGUCGAUCACCGUUUCACUCCAAGCAAAUUUCGUCUCUGCGAGCAUUAUGUAUAAAAAAAGUUAAUUUUCAAUAUGGACUUCAUUUUUGUGUUGAACUUGAUUAGUCUGAUUGCACUGAGCGCCUAUUCUUUAAAUGGCUGUAACUCACAAAUAGUUUGAAACAUCGACUUGAAAAUUUAGUAUGUUAUUUAUAAAGAUAUAAAUUAUCAAAAUAUGAAAAGAAACGAAAAUCGAAUUUUUCAAAAUUUCAGAAAAAAUUCGAAAAUCGAUUUUUUCAAAACUUUCGAAAAAAUUCGAAAAUCAAUUCCUUCAAAAUUUCACAACCUUAAGAUCAUUGCAACUUCUGAUUAUUGAAAAAAUUCGAAGAUAUUACAAAUGAUAUGAGCAAAAUUUUGAAAUGCCUCUUAGAGCAGUUUAACGCUUUUGAGACAGCCAAGUUGUUUUCCACAAUGCCCUUCAACUCAUUGAGAGGUACUAACAAACACUGCCAAAAUAUAUAAACCUUGCUUUGUAUAUUUGGAUUGCUGACGAACAUGCUUCAAUCGCGCAAGUGAACAAGUCUCUUAUAACACAUACCUACAUAUCGUCACCUAAAAUGCAAAACCACGUAUCUUCAAAAAAAUUGGAAUUUAAGUUUUUUAUUGCUUACAAUUCACUACAUCACAUAACAUACCCAAAUGCAUGUAGCAUAAAUAUUUUCAGAUAUAACCGAUAUAUAACCAUUUUAUAACCAAAACUCAAUUUUUUUCAAUAUUAGUGGUUGCUAUUAUAUCGUUUUUCCUUCUGCUGUAAACUUAUGAAAAAUUAUGUUACGUUAUUUUGCAUUUUGAUGAUGUAUACAUAAGUAUAUAUUCAUAUGUAUGCAGCUGGUUGUAGAAGCCUUUACAAUUAUUAUUACUUUCUUUCAUAUUUGUUCACAAGAAAAUUCAAGUGGAAAAAUCCAAAUAUCUUUGGAUCUUUCGACAAAAUAUGUUAUGAAAAGUUGAUGCUCUUCAGCUUGGAUGACUGCAUUUUGCAGGUAAAUGAAUAUGAAAUUAAUAUCCUUUUAACCCGAGAACUUUGAAAUAUUUACGAUAAAAAGAGAGCAAGCAAACAGACUACUCAUGAGUAAGUACAGAUUUUGUAAUAUUUUAAAAAUUCGAAAUGAACUAAAUACUACAACAGCUUACAUAGUUGUGUAGGCACAAGGAAGCGAAGCAUAUACACACAUGCAUAUGUAUGCAUUUAGAUUAGAUGAUUAAUAUUUAUUGAAAUUCGUAAAAUACCAAACCAAAAAGUCCGCAAGACCAAUGCUAAAAUAUCCAUACAAACAAACAUGCUUGCCUACAAGCAAACAAAAAUAUGUAAGCAUUUAGGUAAAUAAAAAAAAAAACAACAACAAAAACAAAAAAUUAUGGAAACAAAUUCAAGUAUGUAUUCUCUUUACUUUAUAAAAACUAGCACGAAAGGCAAAUGCACUCAGAAGUAACAUACAUAUGUAUGCAUGUUUGUAAUAAGCAUAAUCAGCAAAACAAAAAAAAGCAAUAAAUAAAAAUAAAAUUGAAAAAACUCUACCGAAAGCCUACCAUAAACCUAGUACUGAAUAUUGCUAUUUAAUACAACAACAAACAGCUGGUAGCGAGCGUCCUAAUAAAUAUUUCUAAAACUACGUGCAUACCUAAAAACCUACAAAACAGCAUUUAUUAAAACAGUGGUUAGGAAAGCAACUACAAAUAUUACUCGUUGAAAGAAAAAAACAUCCAAAUAUACAUACAUAUAUACACACACGUUUAAUAUGUGCUACUUCAAAUUGUCCAAAUUUUUGCUGAUAACUACAAAAGUACUCUUCACUCAUAGCAUAAGGCAGAAUAUUUAUACGAAAUUAAAAAUAAUAAUAAUAAAUAAUAAAA